AUGGCUAUUGCUGAUUUUUGCUUUGGUUUAACUUAUUUCCCAACAUUUUUCACUUGCGAAUUCUACCUGCCAUGUGAUCAAGAACUCCGACAGAUCUUCGCCGCUUACUUCGCUUUCGCUUCGUUGACGAACUUGUGCGUCAUGACUGUUGACCGUUACGUUGCCAUAGUGAUGCCCUUUAAGUAUAUUCCUAUCAUGACGUCACGAUGCAUCGUUGCUAUGGUGUUCCUCGGCUGGCUUUUUCCCACAGUGCUCUAUUUUCUUAUUGCUGUCAUUCUCAAACAGCUUGCUUCUGAAGAUAUAUUCAUUACUUUUAAAAUUUCAAGGUUGUUCGUGUUUUAG